AUGCUCUACUCGCUCCCCGGGUGCUCGGAGCAGGCCUGGCAUGCCGACGGGGAGCACCUCUUUGCGAGCAAGGACCACCCCCUCCUCCCCCUCCACUGCCUCAACGUCUUCGUCCCCCUCGUCGACAUCGUCUCCCGCGGCGUGCGAGCCAACGGAGGGACUGAGUUCUGCCUCGGAUCGCAUCGACUCACCUGUGGGCAGGAAGAUAUUAUCUGGCAAUCUCCCCAGCAUAAGGACACGAUCGGUCACCUGGAGCCACCUGCUCCUCUCGACUGCUCCGCUGGCUCCAUCGUGCUCUUCGACUACCGCGUCCUCCACCGGGGGCUGGCGAACUUGAGCGAGCAUGCACGUCCAAUCCUCUACUUCACCUACGCGAGGUCUUGGUUCCAGGACGUGAACAACUUU